UCCAGACUGGAACUCCCUCAACUCAGAACUCCAAUCCAAACCGGAGGAAACCUUAAAAGGACAACAGAACUUUUCCCCCGUGAUUCAACUCCAUGAACCAUAAUGCAGGCUCACCUCUUGGUGGGACCCUCUCCCGUCAACGGCUUCUACUCCUCCUCCUCCUUCAUCUCCAAUGGCAGCCUCUCCAUUUCCGCUUCCCCGUUCACUGGCAACUGGCCCUACCCACAUAACUCCCCGCGCAAAUCCAGUAACCGUUGGAUCCCACCGCCAUCGUCGUCGUUUGCAUCCGCGGCGGGUAUCGACGGAGAGCAGAACCAUUAUUCGGUGCUCGGCGUCGCCCGCAAUGCUUCAUCCGCUGAUAUCAAGCGAGCUUAUCGACUUCUCGCUCUAAAGUAUCAUCCUGAUGUUAGCAAAGACUCACAAGCUGGUGAAAUGUUCAAGAGCAUCCGUCAUGCAUAUGAAGUAUUAUCUAAUGAAGUAACAAGGGUUCACUAUGAUCGUGCACUUACAUUUCAAGAGGAUGUUGGGAGGUCAGAUAAAGGAAAAUGGAACUAUAGUCCUGAGUUUGAAGAUGGGGUUAGGCUAUAUAGGUGGGCUGAAAUCAAACGAAAAAUGCAAGAAGAAAGAUUUCAGGAACGAUAUAAGGUGAAUGAGGAGUAUUCUUCCUUCUAUGACGAAACAGAUGAUGAGGCUGAAGACGAAAACCUGCAUCAAGAGAGAGGCUCAUUUAUUGAAGUUCUAAAAUCUGCUUUCAUAACUCUGUUUUUACUGCAGACCUUUGGUUCUCUUUUUUCUCUCACCUUCAGUAGCCUAAUGGCUCUAUUUGAUAAGAAGUUGGAUGCUGGAUACAAGAUUGGUUAUGUAAUUGCCUGGGUUUUAGGCGGGAGAGGCGGCAUUUUGCUGACUUUAUGUAUCUCCUUUGCAAGUUGGGUUUGUGGGAAAACAAGCAGCAGUGUAGUUGUUCUAGUGGUUGUAGCUAUGUGGGUUGGCUCCAAUCUUGCUAGAUAUGCUCCACUUCCUCAAGGUGCCCUCCUCGCACUCAUGUACAUGUCUAUCAAGCUUCAAGUUGAUUUAAAGUAAAUGCUGUCAUAGCAUCAUCUGUAACAUGUAUUUCUUUCUUUAACUGGUGGUUUUGUACAUAAUGUUUGUUCUCUUCAAAUGUAAUACAAAGGCCAAGUCAUUGGAAAGAAAAUUUCAAGGAUGUGCAUUCUAGUU